AGGAAAUCCGUAGUUCUCUAACCAAAGAUUUCCUAUUCAAUUCCUCUUCUCGAUACCUCCAUUUUCCUACCUAGCUAACUAACUCUAUCACUACUCCUUCAUCGUUCAAAUAUUCUUUAACAUGGACGGAGCCAAUGGCAGCGUUGCAAACCAUGACGCCGCUUUUUGCUUGAAUACUAACAAUAAUGUCAGUGCUGACCCUCUCAACUGGGGUGUGGCUGCUGAGUCCAUGGCCGGGAGCCACUUGGACGAGGUCAAACGUAUGGUGGCUGAGUACCGGAAACCGGUUGUCCGCCUCGGCGGAGAGACGCUCACGAUUUCUCAGGUGGCUGCUAUCGCCGCACAUGACCAAGGGGUUCGUGUCGAGCUCUCUGAGUCUGCUAGGGAAGGGGUUAAGGCCAGCAGCGACUGGGUCAUCAACAGCAUGAACAAUGGCACUGAUAGCUACGGUGUCACCACCGGGUUCGGUGCUACCUCCCACCGACGAACCAAACAAGGUGGCGCCUUGCAGAAGGAGCUUAUUAGGUUUUUGAAUGCUGGAAUAUUUGGCAACGGUACAGAGUCCAAUUGUACCUUACCACACACAGCAACUAGAGCAGCUAUGCUAGUAAGAAUCAACACUCUUCUUCAAGGGUACUCAGGCAUUAGAUUUGAGAUUUUAGAGGCCAUAACCAAGCUAUUGAACAACAAUAUUACCCCCUGUCUGCCACUUAGGGGUACAAUUACAGCAUCUGGUGAUCUUGUUCCUCUUUCUUACAUUGCUGGUUUGUUAACUGGUCGACCCAACUCCAAGGCUGUUGGACCUUCUGGAGAGAUUCUGAAUGCUAAGGAAGCUUUUCAAUUGGCAAACAUUGGUUCAGAGUUCUUUGAAUUGCAACCUAAGGAAGGGCUUGCCCUUGUCAAUGGCACUGCUGUUGGUUCUGGCUUAGCUUCUAUUGUUCUCUUUGAGGCAAAUGUCUUAGCUGUUUUGUCUGAAGUUUUGUCAGCAAUUUUUGCUGAAGUGAUGCAAGGGAAGCCUGAGUUCACUGACCAUUUGACCCAUAAGCUAAAGCACCACCCUGGUCAAAUUGAGGCUGCUGCUAUUAUGGAACACAUUUUGGAUGGAAGCUCUUAUAUUAAAGCGGCUAAGAAAUUGCAUGAGAUUGAUCCUCUGCAAAAGCCUAAACAAGAUCGUUAUGCAUUAAGAACUUCACCCCAAUGGCUUGGUCCUCAAAUUGAAGUGAUUAGAUUUUCAACUAAGUCAAUUGAGAGAGAGAUAAACUCAGUCAAUGACAACCCUUUGAUUGAUGUUUCAAGGAACAAGGCUUUGCAUGGUGGUAACUUUCAAGGCACUCCCAUUGGAGUCUCAAUGGAUAAUACACGUUUGGCUAUUGCAUCAAUUGGCAAGCUCAUGUUUGCUCAAUUCUCUGAGCUUGUCAAUGAUUUUUACAAUAAUGGGUUACCUUCAAAUCUCUCUGCUAGUAGAAAUCCCAGCUUGGAUUAUGGUUUCAAGGGAUCUGAAAUUGCUAUGGCAUCUUAUUGCUCUGAACUCCAAUAUUUGGCCAACCCAGUAACAAGCCACGUCCAAAGUGCUGAGCAGCACAACCAAGAUGUGAACUCUUUGGGUUUGAUUUCAUCUAGGAAAACCCAUGAGGCUAUUGAGAUCUUGAAGCUCAUGUCUUCCACUUUCUUGAUUGCACUUUGCCAAGCAAUUGACUUGAGGCAUUUGGAGGAGAAUUUGAAGAACACUGUGAAGAAUGUUGUGAGUCAAGUUGCCAAGAGGACUCUUACCACAGGUGUCAAUGGAGAACUUCAUCCUUCAAGAUUUUGUGAGAAAGAUUUGCUGAAAAUUGUUGAUAGGGAGUAUAUAUUUGCAUACAUUGACGACCCAUGCAGUGCUACAUACCCAUUGAUGCAAAAACUAAGGCAAGUGCUUGUGGAUCAUGCAUUAGCAAAUGCAGAGGGAGAGAAGAACUUGAACACAUCAAUCUUCCAAAAGAUUGCAACAUUUGAGGAUGAGUUGAAGGCCCUCUUGCCAAAGGAGGUUGAAGGUUUAAGAGUUGCAUAUGAGAAUGGCCAAUGUGCAAUUCCUAACAAGAUUAAGGAAUGUAGGUCUUACCCAUUGUACAAGUUUGUGAGAGAGGAGUUGGGGACAGCAUUGCUAACUGGUGAAAAGGUUAUUUCACCAGGUGAGGAGUGUGAUAAAUUGUUCACAGCAAUGUGCCAAGGUAAAAUUAUCGAUCCUAUUUUGGAGUGCCUUGGGGAGUGGAAUGGUGCUCCUCUUCCAAUUUGUUAGUUCAUGAUCUGUUUCCUUGAGAAGUGGUUUCCUUCUAUAUGUGUAUUUUGUGUUGAUAAGCAUUUGGUUUGUCUAUAAGCCUGUGACAAAUCAAUCUACAGACAACUUUCGGUUUCCCUUGAUGUCAAGGAACUUGUAAUUCAUGUUGUAAUAGAAUCUCAUUUGUUUGUCAUAGCUUUGUCGUGCAAAUACUAAUACACGUCCUUUGAUAUGAAGGACGCUUUUUUUUUCCUGAAUAAGAAUUAUUAUUUCAUUAUACUAAUGCUCAGAU